CUGUGAACACCCACUUUCUCUCUCUAUAUAUACAUGUCUUUAUGUAAUUCUUUUCCUCUCAUUACACCCUUAUCGCCUAGCUUUUUUCUCUCUUCUCUCUCCCACCAAAAGUCAGCGCCUUGUUUUGUCCCUCUCUCUGUCUCUCUCUUUCCUCAAACAGUGGUAGCAGAGACAAAGGUACAGAUUCACAGGUUUUGUCCAGGCCAUGGAAGAAGAUUGGGAUCUGCAAGCUGUGGUCAGAGGUUGUGCCUCCACCGCCACCUCCUCCACCAUGACCACCGCCAGCACCGCCAACCACAACAACAACGCUUCUUUUCUGGCAAAUUUUCAUCCAAACUCUUGCUUUUCUGGUUUUGGUGGUGAACAAGGAGGCCAGCUUUUCUCAUUUCCAGAUCCUUUUGAAGAAAGAAAUGUUUUUGAGGAAUUGCAUGAGCUUUACAAGCCCUUCUUCCCCAAAUCCGAGCCUCUCUCUCCACAAACCUCGCCCAUCUCUCCCAUCUCACCCUUCUCUUCCCUUUCCUCUCUCGCUGCAUCCAAAGCACAAACACAGAGACAGCAGCAGCAGCAGCAGCAGCCUAAGCAGUCUCAAGCCGGGUCUGUGACCAACCCGAGGUCCAAAAGAAGGAAGAAUCUUCUUAAGAAAGUUUGCCAAGUACCAGCUGAGGGUCUCUCUUCCGACAUAUGGGCUUGGCGUAAAUAUGGCCAAAAACCCAUCAAAGGCUCUCCAUAUCCACGGGGCUAUUAUAGAUGUAGCAGCUCGAAGGGGUGCUUGGCCCGGAAACAAGUGGAGCGGAACAAAUCCGACCCGGGAAUGUUCAUAGUGACAUACACAGCUGAGCACAACCACCCAGCCCCCACGCAUCGAAACUCACUCGCUGGGUCCACGCGCCAGAAGCCCCUCACGCCUCAAACGGCCACAUCCGGCGACUCCAAGAAACUCAACUCGACCAAGCCCUCUUCCCCGGCAACCUCCAUGGAGGAAGAGCUUGUUGUACCCCAGAGUACAACCACUGACAGCAAGGAGGAGAGAGAAGAUUUGGUGGAGGACGAGGAAGAAGACGAGUUUGGGAUAUCGGAUGUGGCUCUGAGCGACGAUUUCUUUGUGGGUUUGGACGGGUUCGCCGGCCCGGCCGCCGGAGACUGCUUUCCCGAUCACUUCCCGGCGACGUUCGCUCUCCCUAACUGGGUGGCCAACAAUGCUGGCUGACCUUCAGCAAUGUCAAAUGCUGACGUGUUUUAUGCUUUUUGUGACACAAACUUCUUAGCGAGAGAGAGAGAGAGAGAGAAAGGUGAAUUUGUGUAAACGUUUUAGUGGAAUCUAAAUUUUAACGAUGCUGAGUGAGCCUUGUAGAUUUAGGGAAAAAGGAGUUAUUCUCUGUGGAAUGCAGAAGUAACGAGGUAGAUAAAUCAUCAUUUAUCCUUUUUUUUU